AUGGAGACAAGGAACUAUGGUUAUGACAAGGAGGUGAAGGAACGGUGCCGAAUCACUAGCACCAUUGGGAAUCGAACGCUGACCCUGCAAGAAGCAAAGGUUCUUGCUCUACCGAUGAGUCUAAAACACAGGGAUUCUGAUCAUACAGAACACAGGGAUUCUGAUCAUACAGAACACAGGGAUUCUGAUCAUACAGAACACAUGGAUUCUGAUCAUACAGAACACAGGGAUUAUAAUCAUACAGAACACAGGGAUUCUGAUCAUACAGAACACAGGGAUUCUGAUCAUACAGAACACAGGGAUUCUGAUCAUACAGAACACAGGGAUUAUAAUCAUACAGAACACAGGGAUUAUAAUCAUACAGAACACAGGGAUUAUAAUCAUACAGAACACAGGGAUUAUAAUCAUACAGAACACAGGGAUUCUGAUCAUACAGAACACAGGGAUUCAGAUCAUACAGAACACAGGGAUUCAGAUCAUACAGAACACAGGGAUUCUGAUCAUAUAUAA